AUGGGGACGCCCUCUUCGCGGGCGGUGCUGGUGCUCGCCGUGGCGCUGGCAGGGCUCUCGGCUCCCCGCGCGGCGUACGGGCAGCCCAACUUCAUUGUCAUCCUGGCGGAUGAUGUGGGCUGGGGGGAUCUGGGGGCCAACUGGGCAGAGACGAAGGAGACCCCGCAUUUGGAUGAGUUGGCUGCCGAAGGGACAAGGUUCGUGGAUUUCCACUCGGCUGCGUCCACUUGCUCCCCAUCCCGUGCCUCUCUGCUCACGGGGCGUCUCGGCGCACGCAAUGGGGUGACCCACAACUUCGCCGUCACGUCGGUCGGCGGCCUCCCCCUGAAUGAGACCACCCUGGCCGAGGUCCUGCGGGAGGCUGGGUACAGCACAGGGGCUAUAGGCAAGUGGCACCUGGGACACCACGGCCCCCAUCACCCCAGCUUCCGUGGUUUCGACUACUAUUUCGGGAUCCCCUACAGCCACGACAUGGGCUGCACGGACACCCCCGGCUACAACCUGCCACCCUGCCCACCCUGCCCGCGGCACAGCGUGGCUGCCAGGGUGGCGAGGAAGGACUGUUACACGGAGAUCGCCCUUCCUCUCUUGGAGAACGUCACCAUCAUCCAACAGCCCGUCAACCUCAGCAGCCUGGCAGCGCGCUACGUGGAAGAAGCAGCGCGGUUCAUCCAGCGGGCGAGCGGCAGCGGACGCCCCUUUUUCCUCUACCUGGCGCUGGCCCAUAUGCACGUCCCGCUGGGGGUACCCCCGCUGCCGCCCCCCGCCUCGGGCAGGGGCAUCUACGGAGCCUCCCUGAGCGAGAUGGAUGCUUUGGUGGGACGGAUAAAGCAGGUCGCUGACAGCCACGGAAAAGGCAACACGCUCCUGUGGUUCGCAGGUGACAACGGCCCUUGGGCACAGAAGUGCGAGCUGGCGGGACGCCUGGGGCCGUUCGUGGGGGCCUGGCAGAGGCGGCGAGGUGGGAGCUCGGCAAAGCAAACGACCUGGGAAGGAGGGCACCGGGUGCCGGCACUGGUGUACUGGCCCGGCCACAUUCCUGCCAAGCGGACGAGCCACGCUCUGCUCAGCACCCUGGACAUCUUCCCUACGCUGGUGGCCCUGGCUGGGGCUGAGCUUCCCCCGAACAGGCGUUUCGACGGUUUGGACGUGUCCCCAGUUCUCUUUGGGUGGUCGGAUGUGGGGCACAAGGUUCUGCUGCACCCCAACAGUGGGGCAGCUGGGAAGGACGGUGAGAUAGAGACGCUACGGCUGGCUCAGUACAAGGCGUUUUACACCACAGGAGGGGCAAUGGCUUGCGAUGGGAGCAUCGGGCCAGCUGAGCAUCACCAGCCACCCCUCAUUUUCAAUCUGGUUCGUGAUAUCCAGGAGCAGGAGCCUUUGGACAUGGCAUCCCGAGAGUAUCAGGCAGUGCUACCUGCAAUCAGCAGGGCUUACGCCCAAGCUCUGGAGGACAUCGCAACAGACAACGUCUCGGUUGCAGAUUAUUCCAAAGACCCGGCCGCGACCCCCUGCUGCAACGCGCAGCAUGUGGCCUGCCGAUGCCAAGCGCCCGGGUCUCACGCAGCCAUGCCGGACUGUCACACGGAAAGAAGAGCAACACGGCUUUGUCUUUAAGCAAAUAAUUGCUCAGGCUGCUCCUUUCCCGAGUCUGGUUUCUGUGAACACGACUGUUGUGGGUUGCUGGCUCCAGGCUGGAGGUUGGCCGCAGAGGAGAGGGAUGGAGGCUGCGGUCCCGUUUGCUCCGUGCUAUGAAGCCGGGAGGUGAGUUAGUUGUGGGUCUGCAUCAGCACACGGAGGGUCCCCUUUGCUGCGGAGCUGGACUGUCACCCUGGCAGAGCAGGGCACUGCAGUACCUGGUGGCUCUGGGCACAUGGCAGGAGACAGGCUUUUUGUAGGGCUCUUUAGCUGAGAAAGAGCCAGGGCUUGGAUUAAAACUACCUUCUGUGAGAGCUGGCUUUGGGAGAGAACUCCCCUGGGAAAUUCGUUUGGCUUUCCCCUAAAAUAAACCUUGCAGGAGCGGCUGGUGGGAGCACGAGGCAGGGGAGGACGGGGCCCACAGCCUCCGAGCAAACGUCCCUUCUGCUGCCGAGAAGUCCAUGGCUCCAGAGAGAAAAUUCCCAGCCGGCACGAAGUAAGCACUCUGGGAAAGAGAGCACCUGCCCCACCAGCCGCCGAGUGAGGUUUAUUAACAGGGUUAUGUUAAAGACCCAACUGUCUGUUGAGGAAAGAGGGUCCUGGGCUCUCCCCGACUGCUGCCCUCCUCGCGGACGGGAUGCUCGGCUCGUCCUGCGGCUGCUUUGCACCGCCACGGCGGAGGUCGGGGAUUGCGCUGAGACAAGGACUCAAGUCCCGGUGUUUGGAAAAGGCUUUUUUUGGGGAAGCUGUGGGGGAGAGGUUUGCAGCACAGAACUGGGGUAGCUCCCCAUCAACUUUGGCUGGAAAGAUCAGUGGUGUAACUGAAUUUUUUUUAGGAAGGUCAGGGAGAGGUUCCCUGCCCAGAGUUCUCCCAGCAGAUGAGGGUUCCAGGCAGAGAAGCUGCUCCUGCCGGUCCCAGCGUGAUUCCAGGGGUGCAGAUGGGGUGAAACAGCUCUCAGGGCCAUUGCUAGGCAGAUGCAAAUGCCUGG